UUUUUUUGUCCCCUUAACUACCAUUGCGCAUGAAAAAUAUUUUUGCCCUUGGCAAUAGCCUAUUUAUCCGUUGUAGGCCGCUGUUGUACGAGCCAGGGCGCGAUAUCUUAAGUGUGUAUAUGUUUGUAAAUGUGUAUAUGCGUCUCUUUUAGUAAGGAAUGAGACGUCGCGACGACCAGCGCACCGCGAAUUGCGUUCGUUCAAGUAAACAGGUGUACAAUAAUACGCACUAAAGUGCGACGUACGUCGCCUCGUGGCGAUCCAGUGUUUCCUUCACUGUGCUCCAUAAUCGUUGGGAGAGAAUAACAACUAUACUCUAGAAAAGAAAAACAUUUUUUCUAAUUCAAAAAAAAGCAAUACUUAUUGGAUCUAUUGAUGACGAUUUUUUUUUUUUUUCUUUAAAAGGAAAUUGAGAUCGUCUUUUUCCUGUUCAUGAAAGAACGUUUGUGUUGACUUUAUCCGUGACCUGAAAAAAAAAAAUCACCUGCAAUCGAUUUUUAAAAUUGGUGUUUCUGAAAAAAAUAUUGUAUUUUUUAUUAUCGACAUCCGUGAAAUUUUUCGUUUUUUUUGGAAUAGAGAGUCGUAGACUGGCGUCGGUCAAAAGUGACGACGGGAGAGGAAAAAAAUCGACGCAAAGCGAUUUUUAGGCGUUCCCUAACCUCCGAAACGGGAGCAUUUGAUUUCGAUCGGGGCAGUAAACUCGUGUUUGGUGGGGUGGAGGAGGGGGUGAGACGCCCUUGAUGCAACGCGCUGAGUGAUUAUGCACCCGUGGUGGCGUGCGUGAGUACGAGUGCUUAUUUACUUUUUACCCCCCUUUAACACACGACACGUGUGUGUCUCUGCAGCAGCAGCCCUCGGCAUCGCCCUUCGCUGGCUGUGCGCGGACAACGUUACUUAUAUAUGUCGCUGCCUCUUUGGCGUUUCUAGGAAGAAGAGCCGUCCCGAAUGGAACGCGCGGCCUGCUCUGAUCGUCCAUGUUUACUUUUCCUCGGGGGAACGAACGCACAGGGUGUCUAGACAACGACGAAGAUUUUAAACAAUUUUCAUCACGUUUUCGUCAUCGUUCACAAUCGACACUAUUCGACUCCGACGUGGGUCGAGUUUACGCGGAAGGACGAAUGUGACGCGUUUCACCAGUGAAGUACCGUGUAAAUGGUGCUUCUCAUCAUAUGGAAAUCAUUGUCGUGGGGUGUUUACAAAAAAAACGGGUUUCUUAAGCUCGACGACAACAACAAUGUCAUCAAGCCGAAUCCUGGUACCACCAUCGACAGGCAAUGUCAUACGUUCGGGACAUUUAAGAAAAUUAAAAACAUUGAAAAAAAAAUAUUUUGUUCUUCGCGAAGAAGCACCCGGAUGUCCUGCAUGCCUCGAAUAUUAUGAUAGCAAGAAAAAAUUUGAAAAUCGCCAACCACCAAAACGACAAAUAUCACUUCAUAGUUGUUUCAAUAUUAAUAAACGAGGUGAUAUUAAACAAAAAAAUGUCAUUGCCCUUUAUACAAAGGACGAAUGCUUUUGCUUGGUCCUUGACUCAGAAAAAGAUCUUGGCGAUUGGCUUAAUUCCAUGUUGUUACUUCAAAAUGGAGGACAACCCGAUGGCGAACAACCACGUCCUACUUUUGAGCACGUGUGGCAAGUAAAUAUGCAGAAAAAAGGACUAGGUGAGCGUAAAAACAUCCAAGGAUCUUACAGAUUAUGUCUCACCGAUUCUGCUGUGACUUUCUACAAAGUUGGAACGAAUAAUAAGUCUGAUUUUAUCGAAUUUCCACUGGUGUCGAUAAGACGUUGUGGAUUUAUGGAGAGGAUCUUCUAUAUGGAAAUGGGAAGAUCGGCCGUGACGGGUGGUGGUGAAUUUUGGAUGGAGGCCGAGGAUAACAAUAUCGCUCAAAAUAUGCACGCUGCUAUAUUAAAUGCCAUGACCAAUUCAAAUACAAAUCGAGAUGAAGUUGUACCACGUCAAAGGAUGCGAAGUUCAUCGGCGAAUGAGGCUAGUAAACCAAUAUCCGUUUUACCCCGUCGACAUACGGGGCAAAAGCUCCUUGGCUUCUCACCUCUUGAGGAACAGAGGACGCAAAAGGAGCAGGUGGACUCGUUGCAACAGCAGAAUGCCACUGUCUCUGCCCCUUCACAGUGUUGUCAAUCACAGAGCACAUCCUCUUCCAAUACACUCACGGCACCUGCCGGUACCGGAACUGGAACCACUGGAAUUGCCACAACUAAUAUCAACAGUACCAGUACGAAUAGACGCCGCCAUUCGGUGGCAAGUCAUCCCCAUUCCACCAAUAAUUCCCAAUCCGUUCAUGUCAAUACUACAUCAUCAUCACCAUCAUCAUUAUCAACAACAAUUUCUACAACAACAACAUCAAGUAUAACAACAACUGUCACCGCAACCAUUGCAACAAUCACAACCACAACCGCAACAAAUUCCCAUCAGAGAACCCUGUCGCUGCCCUUAGCUGCCGUUGCUAUCAGUCAAACGCAAUCAUCCAAAAGAUCCGUUUUACGCUGUACAAGUGGAAGAGAAAGAUGCGAUAGUUUACCAUCGAGAGCACGAACAACGAGUGUUGGACAUCCAACACCACUUGCGAUGGUUCAUCCACGAGCUAUUCAUUUGGGUUCACAUGCACCAAGGCCACAUUCAAUGUACGGUCGUGGAAUGUCAUAUUCACCACCUGUUUCAUCAAUGCCAAUAAGUCCAGCUUCCGGUGCUUGCUCGACAGAUUCAGCUGGAUCAUCACUAUCAAUGGACGAUGGUUCAGAGAAUAUUCUCGAGGAGGGAUUAACAUCGCGAUAUGGACAUUCAUUAACACCAGAUGAGCCCGUUAUACUUGAGGAGAAUGGUGAUGAUUAUGCGCCAUGGCCGAGUAAUCAACAGAAAUAUUCACCAAAUUACAAAUCACAUUCUCCAUCGCAGGUGAUACCAAUCUGCGGUUUCAUGCUUAGUUCCUAUGUGGAGAUGUACAGUCCUUGUGGAUCAAGUCCUAGUCGUGUUGGUGGUGUUUAUAUGCCAAUGAGUCCAGCAACAACGGCUCAUUCGCAUUCACGAGCCUCGUCAUUGGUUGAGGAUACUGGUACACUUUUGUCCGAAGGUUAUGUUCCGAUGGCUCCUGUACGUGACGAUGGUUACGUCGAUAUGGAUCCUUCAAAUAGUCAAAAUGGCGGUCAUUUUCCUGACGAUAUGUCAGGUCAUGGUGGUAGUAGUUGUUCAGUGACAUCAGGAACUCCCAGUACGGAUCUGAGAUUCUCUGAAUAUCAUCUCGAUAAAGUAACAAGCUAUUUGCCACCUGGUGAGGAUCUUCAAGCGAGGCCCAUCAGAGCCUAUUCCGUUGGCUCAAGACCAGAACCUGUAAAUAGGCAUCGAAAAAAUAGCACCUUCCGUGAUAGGUACGAAUUUGCCCAACAAGAUGUAAGUAGAGUGCGAGCAUUCUCAGUGGGUAGUCGAUCAAAAAGGCCCGAAAUGGGAAGAUUAUUAAAUAUCACAACUGCACCUCUAUUACCCGGUGGGGAAAAUUCGAAUACGAAUAAAUCGAAUUCAGCGCCACUUUUAUCCAGUUCCUGGGGUCAUAAUUCUGGUUGUUCAGUUAAUUCCGAACGAUUGGAGGAUCUAAUGGAAAUGGAUUUUUCAAGAUCACAUUUACCAACAACACUAUCGUCACCACCUUCGACUUAUUCGCAAUCGCAAUCUUACUCCACUGCCACUGAUACUAGUUCAUACGUUGACAUGUCACCGGGACAACAAACAUCCUCGACUACUGCCCCUUAUGUCGAUAUGAGUGGCAUAAAGCAUCGAAAUAAUAAUAAUAACACAACCACUGCCAAUCACAACAAUAUUCAUUCAUCGACAUCGAUUGUCGAUACAUUAAAACCGGUGAUAACAACAUUAAAACCCGUCGAGGAAGCCGAAUCACCUUACAUGAAAAUGGAUUCCGGUUUGGAUUAUUGGUCAAAAAGUGGAUCAAGUCCAAAGCAAGUGCCCUCACCAUUACAUGAUGACUAUAUGCAAAUGAAUGGUCCACCAGGUGGUACAAGAACAGCACCUGUCGAUUUUCCUCAACCACGUCGACCAAACGAAGGUUACGUUGAAAUGACUUUUAAAGUUCGACCAAGCCUUGAACAAGACUACAUCAAUAUGAAUAUGGGCGCACGUAAUCAACGAAAUCGUAAUGGUAAUAAUACUACUACUACUACUACUACUACUAAUAAUAAUAAUAAUAAUAAUCGUAAAGAAAAAAUACGCUCGCAACCAAUUGCAAUACUCGCCGGUGGUAAAUCAACAAAAACAACGCCAAGUUUUCUACCUCUUAAUAAUGCAAGUCCAACAUCUGAAAGUCUUGAAUCAACACCGGCAACACCGCCACGUGCAACACCCACCGGUUCAACUGCAACAAUAUUUCCAUUCUCAUUAAAUAGUCCUCAAUCACCGGAGAAACCAUUUGAAGAAAAUAAUAAAUCAUCAAUAAAUGAUGAAGAUUAUGCUUUAAUGCAACUGAGAAAAAUUUCUGCACCAACAAAUUCAUUAAUUAAAUUAGACGAUACUAAAUUAAUUGAUGAUGGUAUAACGAUACCAAAACUCGUUAGGGGUAAUUCAUUAAAGAAAGUUGAUGGAAUCUCUAUGUCGAGUAAUGAAAAAUCUUCUACUUCUACUUCUAAUAAUUCAACUAUUACUACUAAUAUUAAUACUAGUCCAAAAGAAUCAUUGUCAAAUAAUCAGGAUAUUCUUGUGCCCCUUGCGAAAAGACUCAACGAUUUAACAGUGACGAGACCGCGUCUCAUUACAACAUCGCCAACGACUAGUCCAACACCCACGGGAUUUAAGCCCGUUCAAUCGAAACCAUCGUCACCGAAAUUAAUUGACGAAACAACAACAGCAACAACAACAACAACAACGACGACGACAAUGACGCCAACGUCAACACCCACGUCACAUGAUUCAGAAGACUACGAGAAACUUCAACCUGGAUAUGAGAAAAUUCAAACGAAUUUCGAAAAAAUUCAACCGGGUUUUGAUAAAGUUUCAACGUUACAUUAUGCAAGUCUCGAUUUACCGGAAGUCAGCGGAGCACCUCCGGUUUCGCCGACACCACUUCAGGAAGGCUUUAAAUAUGCCGAAAUCGAUUUCGGGAGGCUUAAACAAAAUUAGGAGGUUUUUUUUUUUUUUUUUUUUAAUGUUAUUUUAUUUUAAUUUCUUUUUUUUCGUCAACUAAACCAGAUCCAAGUGACGAUAUGCCGGGGAAUUGUUUUUUUUUUCGGGAAUAAUGAGAUUUUAAGGGAAUUAUAAUAUAGAAGAGGAAGUGUGUGUAUGUGUGUGUGAUUGUUGUUGAAAAAUAAGUAUCUAGUGACUGAUAAAUAAUCGAAAAUUUCAUAAUUCGAUGAUUAUUUAUAAUGCGCUUUGAAAAAAGGAAAAGCAAAAAAAAUUAUUAUCGAAUUUUUUGUAGUAAAAAAAAAACUAGUCUUCUCAUUUACAUCAUAUAAAACGAUAUUUUAUAUUAAAAUUCGAGAAAUUAAAUUACAAAAUUUUAAUUCCUGAAAUAAUUAUAAUUUAUAAAAAAAAACACUUUUUAUUUGAAAAUGUGAAAAUUAGUAAAGUUAUUUUUUAUAUUUAAAUAACUUUUUCAAAACAUUUUUUAUUUAUAUAUAUAUACAAGAGAAAUUUUUAUUUUUUAGUUCAAUGUAAGUAGUGGAAUAGAAAUUUUAAUUUUGUUUCGAUUCUAAAAACUUAUAACGGAAUUAAAAGAGAAAUUAAUUUCAAAUUCGCGACGAAAUUAAAAAUUUUAAUUUGAUUCUCCUUUAAAGAAACUUUACUAAAUUUCCAUUUAAUUUUCUUAUUAAAAUGUUUUUUAAAUUAUAAAUCGAUUUCUAAUUUUUUUUUUGAUACAAUAACAGACUUUUUGUAAUUAGAAUCUGGAUAAUAUAUUAAUUGUAGAGGUUUUAGAAAGUUUGAAAAUUCAUUAGAAUUUUUAUUGUUAAACAAUUAUUUAUGUUGAUUACUUUUCAGUCACUUCUUAUUAUCUUUAUUAAAUAAUUAAUGAAUAAGAUUUAUAAAAUAGAAUUCUACAAAUUGUUAUUUUUUUUUUAAUUCAUGUUUCAUUACAUUUUUUUUUUGAAUUUUAUGGAAAAUUUAAUUCUUGUCAUUUAAAAACUAAAGUCUUUUUAAAGUCGUGAAUAAUCUCGAUUUCUUUUUUUUUUGUUUUGAAAAGGUUUUUAAUACUUUUUAAGAAUUUAUAGAUUUUCAAUGAAAACGAAAUAAUGCAAAGAGUAUAUGUUUAUACUCGAUAUAAUGUGUAUACGAAUUAAAUUAAUUUGAAAAUGAAAAUUAAUUAAGUAUAGAAAAUGUUAAUUAUUUACAAGAAAAAAAAUUUUUUUAAGUUAAAAAAUUAUAAAAUGUAAACAAAUUUCCAGUGAAAAAGUUUUAAAAACUUUUUAUUUUUAAAGUUUUAUUUGUAAAUUGAUGGAAUUUAUACUUUUAACGAUAAAAAAAAGUAGUUUCUCAAUUUUACUAAAAUUAUUUUCUAUUAUAAAAGUUUGAAAGUUAAAAAUAUUUUCGAAAUAUUCUAUGUACGUGAAAUGUACAUAGUAGUUGUUUUUUUUCUCCUUAUUUGUUAUGUGAAAACAAUAUUAAAGAAUUUCGAUAACAAAAAUAUUCAAACAAAUGUUAUUGAAUGUUAAUCCUUUUUUUUAUAUAUAUUUGUUUUUCUGUUUGCUUGUUAAUCUUUAUUUGUAGAUAUAAUACGCUUGAAAAAAAAAUGUAACGAAACGAAAAGACUUUAUAUUUACAAUUCAAUGCAUAUUUUAAGAGACAAUAAGUCAUUUCCAUAAAAAAAAGAAACGAAAAAAUUCGUUGUAAAACUUGCAGAAAUUUUAUUAAAAAAAAAUUUUAAUAAAUUUUCUUUUAAAAGUGUUAAAUAAUUUUGAAAUUAAAAUUUCUUUAAAAUUUAAAUUAUACAAAUGGAUUUCCAAAGUUUAAAAAGAUAAUGAUAUUUUUUAUCUUCUAACGAAUAGUCAUUUUUUUUUUGUUUUUUUAAACUCGUAAUUUAAAGAUAUGAUAGUCUUACUAAUUUGGAUUUUUAUCGUUAAAAUAAAAUAGAAAUUUCGUCACUCAUGAUCUGGUUUAGUUAAAAAAAAAAGAAAAAAAAAUGGUCUAUUUAGCACUUGCAGGUAUAAUCGUCGGUUUUCGAUUAAUUUUGUCGGUACGUUAUAGUUACAAGUUAUUGUUUAAAUGUUUUUUUUUUUUUUAUAUUUCGAAAGUUUGAGAUGCUAAAGGUGAAAAAAAAAUUGCAGCAUUGUUCGUCUAAUGGACUUGAACUUUUAAACAGAUCGAAGAUAUUUGACUCAUUUUAAUUAAAAUGACAUUAAACGAGUCUUAUGUCAAAACAAAAAAACUGUUUUAGCUAAUGUGUAGAAAAUGGACAAAAGUUAUAGAGGAAUGGAAGUUUAGAAAUAAUUAAUAACAGGUGUGUGAAUAUACCAGAAUUUUUUUUUUUUUAAACUAAUUGUCAUUCUUUAGUAAUUUUAUUUUGUCUAUUUUUCAUUUUUCCUUUACUUUUUCUAUGUUUUUGCUCCCCAAAGACAUAAAUAUCAGAAAGAAAUUUUUCUGUGUAAAAAACACUUUUUUUCAAAAGUAAAUUAAAGAAAAUAGAAAAAGAAUGAUUAGGGAAAAUAAAAAUUUCAAAAGUAAAAUUUAGAAAGAAUGAUUAUUAGCAAGAUUUUAAAAACGAUAAAAAAAAUGAAAUUUUGCUUGUGCAUUCAUGCGCCUUAGAAAAAAAAAAGUUAUGUCAAUCGGAAAAUGCUGAUUUUUUUUUCCUAUCUUAAAAAUCGAAUAGGAAAUUUGUCAUAUUCGUUGUUAUGUGUGUCUCAUGAUUCUCGAUUUAAAUAGAUUUAUAGCUGAAUUUCUAAACGUUUUAUCUAAAUUUUAUACAUUUUAGCUGAAUGAUGUUUUUUUUUAUCAAGCUAAAAUUUCAAAUUUCCUUUUUUUUUAGCUAAAUUUACACGUUUUAGCUAAAAAAAAAUUCUAUAUAGCUAAAACUUUUUUUUAGCUAAAUAAACACAUUUUACCGAAAUUUUUAAUUUUUAGCUAAAUUAACAAAAAACGUGAGCUAAAUUUAUAUACAUUUUAGCUAAAUAUGCAGAAAUAUUAGCUUAAUUUUAGCUAAAUUUAUACCGUUUAGCUAUAAUAUGUUUUAGCUAAAAUUAUAUUUUAUAGCUAAAUAUAUACACGUUUUUAGCUAAAUUUGUACUUGGUAGCAAAAUUUGUAACUGUUAGCAUAAUUUCCUUGUUCGAUUGGAAAUUGAAUUAAAAAAAAAAAAAAGAAAAAAGAAAAAAAAAAUUGUAAAAGAAAACUAAGAAAUGUGUAAAGGAGAAGGUGAAAAAUUUUUGUAACGAGGUUGCAUGACUGACUUCGUUAGGAAGAAUUUGCGCUAUGAUAUUAAAAUGACAAUGUUGUGGCAAUCUUUAAUAUAGAAAUUAAAAAAAAAAAAAAAAAAAUAAA